AUGGUCCAAAACAAGGCUCUCAUCUUCGCAGAGGUGCCAACAGGCUGGCCCGAAUCCGGCAAGCACCUCAAGAUCGAGAACCGCGACUUCGACACCGAGCAGCAACCACCAAAGGGCGGCGUGACCGUCAAGGUCCACUAUGUCUCCUUCGACCCAUACCAGCGUGGCCGCAUGAGGGCCCCCGAAGUCAAGUCCUACGCACCACCCUUCGAGCUCGGCAAGCCCAUCACCAACGCCGCCAUCCUCACAGUCCUCAAGAGCGACAACGACAAGUUCAAGAGCGGCCAGCUCCUCUUCGCCCCACGCACAUGGACAGAAGAGUACAGCGCCAUCGACGCAGACCUAGCCAACAGCUUCCGAGUCCUCGAGAACCCCUACAACCUCGACCCCAAACUCUUCAUCGGCGCCCUGGGCAUGCCCGGCCUCACAGCCUACAGCUCCUUCUACGAGAUCGGUCAGCCCAAGAAGGGCGAGACCAUCUUCAUCUCCGCCGCCUCCGGCGCAGUAGGCCAAAUCGUCGGCCAACUCGCCAAACACGAAGGCCUGACCGUCAUCGGCAGCGUCGGCGACGACAAGAAACUCGACUUCAUCACCAAACAUCUCCAAUUCGACGCCGGCUUCAACUACAAGAAAGAAGCCCCCCUCGACGCCCUGAAGCGCCUCGCACCCGACGGUAUCGAUAUCUACUACGAGAACGUCGGCGGCGAGCACCUCGAAGCCGCCAUCACGCAUAUCCACCCCUUCGGCCGCAUCAUCGCUUGCGGAAUGGUGUCGCAAUACAACCUCAAGCCAGAGGAGCAAUACCCGAUCAAGAAUUUGAUGCAGCUUGUGGCUAAGAGGAUAAAGAUGCAGGGGUUCAUUGUGAUGGACGAGAACAUGGGCCCGAAGUACGCCGAGGAGCACCAGAAGAAUGUGCAGAAGUGGAUACACGAGGGCAAGUUUAAGGCGGAGAUGAGUGUGACGGAGGGUAUGGAUAAUGCGGCGGAGGGGUUGAUUGGUAUGUUGGCGGGCAAGAACUUUGGAAAGGCUGUGCUGCAGGUCAGCAAGCUCGAAUAA